AUGGGAAGCAACACAACUAGGGGAACCAACACAACAAGGGGAAGCAACACAACAAGGCGAAAACAACACAAUAAGGGGAAGCAACACAACAAGGGGAAGCAACACAACAAGGGGAAGCAACACAACAAAGGGGAAAACAACACAACAAGGGGGAAGCAACACAACAAGGGGAAAACAACACAACUAGGGAAAAGCAACACAACAAGGGGAAAGCAACACAACAUGGGGAAAGCAACACAACAUGGGGAUGCAACACAACAAUGGGAAGCAACACAACAAGGGGAAUCAACAGAACAAGCGGCAAGCAAAAGAACAAGCGGGAAGCAACACAAUAAGGGGAAGCAACACAACAAGCGGGAAACAACAGAACAAGCGGUAAGCAACAGAACAAGGGAAAGCAACACAACAAAGGGGAAGCAACACAACAAGGGGGAGCAACACAACAAGGGGAAGCAAAAAAACAAGGGGAAGCAACACAACCAGGGGGAUGCAACACAACAAGGGGAAAACAACACAACAAGGGGAAAGCAACACAAAAAGGGGGAGCAACACAACAAGGGGAAGCAACACAACAUGGGGAAGGAACACAACAAUUGGGAAGCAACACAACAAGGGGAAGCAACACAACAUGGGGAUGCAACUCAACAAGGGGAAGCAACACAAGGGGAAGCAACACAACAAGGGGGAAGCAACACAACAAGGGGAAGCAACACAACAUGGGGAUGCAACUCAACAAGGGGAAGCAACACAACAAGGGGGAAGCAACACAACAAGGGGAAGCAACACAACAAGGGGAUGCAACACAACAAGGGGAAGCAACACAACAAGGGGGAAGCAACACAACAAGGGGGAAGCAACACAACAAGGGGGAAGCAACGGAACAAGCGGGAAGCAACACAACAAGGGGAAGCAACACAACAUGGGGAAGCAACACAACAUCGGGAUGCAACUCAACAAGGGGAAGCAACACAACAAGGGGAAGCAACACAACAAGGGGAAGCAACACAACAUGGGGAUGCAACACAACAAGGGGAAGCAACACAACAAGGGGGAUGCAACACAACAAGGGGAUGCAACACAACAAGGGUGAAGCAACACAACAAGGGGGAAGCAACACAACAAGGGGAAGCAACACAACAAGGGGGAAGCAACACAACAAGGGGGAAGCAACACAACAUGGGGAUGCAACACAACAAGGGGAAGCAACACAACAAGGGGGAUGCAACACAACAAGGGUUAGCAACACAACAAGGGGGAAGCAACAGAACAUGGGGAAACAACACAACAAGGGGAAGCAACACAACAUGGGGAAGCAACACAACAAGGGGGAAGCAACACAACAAGGGGGAAGCAACACAACAAGGGGAAGAAACACAACAAGGGGAAGCAACACAACAAGGGGGAAGCAACACAACAAGGGGGAAGCAACACAACAAGGGGAAGCAACACAACAAGGGGAAGCAACAGAACAAGGGGAUGCAACACAACAAUUGGGAAGCAACACAACUAGGGGAAGCAACACAACAAGGGGAAAGCAACAGAACAUGGGGAUGCAACACAACAAGGGGAAGCAACACAACAAGGGGGAAGCAACACAACAAGGGGAAGCAACACAACAAGGGGAAGCAACACAACAAGGGGGAAGCAACACAACAAGGGGGAAGCAACACAACAUGGGGAAGCAACACAACAAGGGGAAGCAACACAACAAGGGGAAGCAACACAACAAGGGGAAGCAACACAACAAGGGGAAGCAACAGAACAAGGGGAUGCAACACAACAAUUGGGAAGCAACACAACUAG